AUGGAUCUGGGCCGGGCGGAGAGGGUCAUGCGAGGUCGGCUGGUGGGCCAGCAUCAAGCGGGAGGAGUGACGUUCCUAGACCCCGAGCGAGUGUUCCUCGGGAUGGACGUCAGUCUCGGCCAAGACGUCACGAUCGGCCUCGACGUUGCUCUGCACUGCAGCACCACCAUCGCCGACAAUGUGACUAUCGACGGGCCUACAAUCAUCAUCGACAGCCAAAUCGCUUCCGACGUCCGCAUCGCCCACUUUUCACACCUCGAGCGAACGCGAGUGGCGACAGGUGCCGGGGUCGGUCCUUACGCCCGCGUACGAGCGAACGCGACCCUUGGCGCUGGGUCGUACGUGGGCAACUUUGUCGAAGUCAAGAGUAGCACCCUCGCAGACGGCGCCAAGGUCGGUCAUCUCAGCUUCAUAGGAGAUGCACAACUCGGCGCCAGAGCGAAUAUCGGUGGCGGCACGAUCACGUGCAACUAUGACAGCGUCAACAAGCAUCAGACCGCCAUUGGGGCUGGGGCGUUUGUGGGGUCCAACAAUACGCUGGUGGCGCCUGUCAAGGUGGGAGAAGGGAGCUUUACUGCUGCAGGGAGUACGAUUACCAAGGAUGUGGAGCCCGGGGAUCUGGCGUUUGGCAGGGCGAGGCAGGCGGUGGUCGAGUGUGGGGGGAAAGCGUUGAGAGAGCGACUUCUUCGUGAGAAGGCAGCGAAGGAUCCGAUAUGCUGA